AUGUCCAAAUCGUCCGCAGACCCACUGCCUGGUGUCGAAACAGGCUCACAGUCUCACAAUUUUCAGCUGCCCAGGAAGUUGCCUAAGAGGAAAAGUCGGUUCAAACGUUCGGAUGGCAGUACGUCCUCAGACACCACCUCCAGCUUCAUCAAAAGACAGCUUCCCACAGUUGCCGUGCUAGAGUGGGCAUUCAGCCAGGACGGAUUGUGCCGGCUCAACGCUCCUGGUCUCCAGUACGUCUCCUCGGUCCAGGAUAUCCUGUGCCAGCUUCCCGCACUUGUCGGGCUGGAUCCAGAGCUUCCGGCGACGUUUCACAGUCCGAAACCUCCUGAGACGGUCUCGGGUCCGGAACUUCCUGAGACAGUCUACAGUCCGGAACCUCCUGAGGCGGUCUACAGUUGGCGGUCCGGAGCCUCCAGCGACGGUCGGCGGUCCAGAGCCUUCAGCAGGGGUUCUCAGUCCAGAGCCUCCUGCGACGAUCUAUGGUCCGGUUCCUCCGGCAACGAUCCACGGUGCAGUGAAAGGUGUUUUUACGUAACCUCUCCUCUCCCUCUCCAGGAGUCGGCUGAUUCGUACACCAGUAGACCGUCGGACUCCGACCUGUCAGCGGAGGAGGACCGUGAGGCGUAUCGGCGUGAAGCCGAGCGCCAGGCCCAGCUCCAGCUCGACAGAGCUAAGUCUAAACCUGUAGCGUUUGCGGUGAAGACCAACGUGGCUUUCUGUGGGGCUCUGGAUGAGGACUGUCCCGUUCAAGGAGCUGCAAUCAACUUCGAAGCCAAAGACUUCCUGCACAUUAAGGAGAAGUACAACAAUGAUUGGUGGAUUGGUCGUCUGGUGAAGGAGGGGGCAGACAUCACCUUCAUCCCCAGCCCUUUACGCCUGGAGGCUAUGAGACUCAAACACGAGCAAAGGAAAAGAGGGGGGAACUCUUCCUCCAGUCUGGGUGACAUGGUGUCUGGGAGCUGGAGGACAACGCCGCCAUCUGGUGGUGAGUAUAAGCCGAAACAAAAGCAGGAACACAUUCCUCCGUAUGACGUGGUCCCGUCUAUGCGGCCGGUGGUCUUAGUGGGGCCGUCACUGAAGGGGUAUGAGGUGACAGAUAUGAUGCAGAAAGCUCUGUUUGACUUCCUGAAACACAGGUUCGACGGAAGAAUCUCCAUCACACGCGUUACGGCAGACCUAUCUCUGGCCAAGAGAUCUGUGCUCAACAAGAGGCCAAUCAUGGAGAGAUCCAAUACUCGCUCCAGCCUGGCCGAGGUCCAGAGUGAGAUAGAGAGGAUAUUUGAGCUGGCCAAAACCCUCCAGCUGGUGGUUCUGGAUGCAGACACCAUCAACCACCCGGCCCAGCUAGCCAAGACUUCCUUGGCCCCUAUCAUCGUAUACGUCAAAGUGUCCUCGCCAAAGGUGCUCCAGAGGCUGAUCAAGUCCCGGGGGAAGUCUCAGAGCAAACACCUGAACGUGCAGAUGAUGGCCGGAGACAAACUGUCUCAAUGCCCCCCUGAGAUGUUUGAUGUCAUUUUGGAUGAGAACCAAUUGGAGGAUGCGUGUGAGCACUUGGCUGAAUACCUAGAAGUGUACUGGCGCGCCACUCAUCUUCCCGACACCACCCCCAUCAACCCGCUAUUAGAGCAGAACCUCAUGACCCCGCCCUCAGCCAACUCUAGCCUACAGAAUAAGAACCAGCCACCAGUGCAGCACAGCAGUGUGGGGGUGGAGGGUGAGGAGGUGGAGGCCCACUCCCCUCUGGAGCAGGACAGCCUGAUGCCGUCUGAAGAAGGCAGCGACUCCCUGUCCCGCGGCCUCCUUGGGGGCCCACGCCUCCGGGGGGACGAGGAGGACGAGGAGCUGGUGGAGGAAUUAGAAGAGGAACUAGAUGAGGAGGAUGAGUUUGAGUCCCCUUGCCAUGCCCAAACUUACAGGGACAGGUACCCCCCUCACCGCGGUCACCGCGGGGGCGUCCACAGCACCAACGGGCAUGAAUCACAGGACAGGCUGCUCCAGCGCGAUGCCCAGCAGGGGCACAACCAGCGCAACAACUGCCAACGCAGCCGCCCCUGGCCCCGAGACAACUACUGACAUUUCUAACGUACCCUGGCCCCAAGACAACUACUGACAUCUCUAGCAUACCACUGGCCCCGAGACAACUACUGACAUUUCUAGCAUACCACUGGCCCCGAGACAACUACUGACAUUUCUAACGUACCCUGGCCCCAAGACAACUACUGACAUCUCCAGCAUACCACUGGCCCCGAAACAACUACUGACAUCUCUAACGUACCCUGGCCCCAAGACAACUACUGACAUCUCUAGCAUACCACUGGCCCGAGACAACUACUGACAUCUCUAACGUACCCCUGGCCCCAAGACAACUACUGACAUCUCUAACAUACCACUGGCCCCAAGACAACUACUGACAUCUCUAACGAACCCCUGGCCCCAAGACAACUACUGACAUCUCUAACGUACCCCUGGCCCCAAGACAACUACUGACAUCUCUAACGUACCCCUGGCCCCAAGACAACUACUGACAUC